UUGUAUACUACAGGGCUAAAGAAUCAUAUACUAUGGAAGGUCCUUGAGAGUAAAUGCCAGUGUAUUCUAUGGCUGCCAUGAGUACAUGCCUUUCUGUCUCCUCAGUCUGGAAGGGUGACUCGGCUGAUAGAGAAAAUAUGAUGAGGUGAACUCGUCCUCCUAUUCUGAGGACUUUUCCAUCUACUCCUUCACUGACUGUGAAUCUGAGGUAAAAGAGUUGUACCCUACCGUCCUUGUCUUUGUUGAGUGACAUCACUGUGAGGAGGAUGGUCUCUGACAAGUUGACUGAUACCCAGUGUGAUGAUGAGGAUCAUGUAAGGAGGACACCACCGCUGAAAGUUAAGGAUGAGGAGGAUAUAAAAGGUAACAAAGCUUGAAGUGAGUUAUAUGGUAGAAGACGACGAUCUGUCUCUCCACUCCUACGACGAGUCAGACUUCCUGCUUGAUGAUGGCAAUGACGCCUCUACUGAGGACAGUCCAGAGCCUCCAAAGGAACCACAAGGACCAGUGAAGGACCAUCGACUGGUAGGCAUCUUUUAAAUUUGUGUGUGUGUGUCACAUCUCAAUGGUUUGACCCUAUGUCUGUAGAGAUUAUUGUGGCCAAGGCCAACCUCCUCCUCCCUGCCUCUGUGAGUUCACUGAAUAAGGUGUCACACCAGCUUGAGGUGGUCCCCACUGUCCGGCCCUGCGGACAGCAGCUGGACAAGAAGACACAGUGGACCAACACCAACGAGGAGAGUCUGAGGAGGAUCAAAGAGAACCUGACCUCAAUAGAAUUCAACCUGGAGGAAGGUCUGAAGAUGCACAAUGAUGGUCAGGACAUCAAUCAAGAGGCCGAAGAAGAAUGAGGGAUGCUGUAGAGGAUGGAUUGCAAAGUGGAUGGGGAGGAGGAAGGAGAGACUGAGGGACAAAGACAUGGCUAGGGAGGUCAAGAGGAUGGGUGAGAAGAGCCCAGGGAAGGUCUCUGGUCCUGUGUCUGGCAAGACUGGCCUCUCUCCUCUUGAGACCUCAGCACCCCGGACCCUGGCUGAAGCCCUACGGGCCCUGCCCUCUGCUGUGGCCCCUCCCUCCCCAGAUAAUGUCCCAAGGCCUCUGACUCCUCUCAGCCCUGUAGUUAUCACUCCGUCCUCUACAGAGAACUUCCCAUACCGCCGCAGCCCUCGGCUGGCCCCCAUAACCAACCUGAGUGUAACCGCCCCCACAGGUGAGAGGAAAUACAAGAAGGGUAUAUUUCCCGGAAGUCCUAGGUAUAGUAGCUCAAGAGAAGAGAAAACCCAUAAGCUUACAUUACUUUAUCUCCUUGUCCAAAAUAUUCAGGAAGGGAAGGUCAAUAAGAAAAAGAAGUGCAAGGCCAAAAAAGUAGUUAAGCAAAAGAAGGCCGGUAAGAUGCAACAGAUGGAAAAUGUUGGAGGAAGUAAGGAGGAGGACAAGAAGAGGAAAUAGAGGGAGAAGUGGAACAUAACCAGGGAAUACUAGACUAGAAAAUUCUAGAAAUAGAAUGAGGUAGCAGAGAAAGAGCAGCUAUCUGAGGUGCCUUAAUACUAUUAUUAACUGGUUACCAAUGUAAUUAGAGCAGUAAAAAUAAUGUUUUGUCAUACCCGUAGUAUAUUGUUGUAAACACACACACAGAUUUUGAGUAUUGGUUACUCCUACAACACACACAAAUGUAAUUUCAGAGACAGGAACUAUGAUUAGCAAAUACUUAUAUUGGUCUCGUUCUUAUAUUUUGAGACAUGCAUCAUUCUUUAAAAAAUAUAUAUAUUGGUCCCCAUACUGCCUAGCCAGGUGGCUUGUGAUAAUGAGUUGGAUUUACAUAGUGCUUAGAAGCGCUUUCACAUUCUUAGGCUUGGAAAUAUAGCCAGGAGAAGCAGGGUCAACACCUCUACUCAUGCCAUAAGUGCCAUGACAUAUUUAGUAACCACAGAGAGAUAAGACCUCUGUCUCCACAGUCUCAUCCAAAGGACAGCACCAACCUUAGGGCAGUGUCACUGGUAUUGGGGUCUUAGGUCUCAUUUGGACAAAGGGAAGAGAAGAUGCCCUUUACUGGUCUCCUUGCAAUAUCUGGUCUCCCACACAGAGAUGGAAACCUACACCUGUUUAGACCCUGGAGGAUAUGGCUUCAGAUGAAAGACAGCAGAGAGAUGCAGAACGUAAAAGCUUCAAACACAUUUAUAUGCAAAUUCAGGACCAUUGUACUCUGAAGUGGAGCAUGCAUCUGGUCUGAAGCAUGUCAAAAGAGUAGAAAUGAAUUGGGACUGGAGGAAUACAUCACAUUUAAACUAAAUUAUC